GCGGGCGGUCAUGGCGGAGAGUGUGGAGGCAGCCCAAUGGAGAGACAGUGGCAAGGCAGUUCCUCCAGCAGAGGCUGCGGAGCCUGCGCUGGCACAGCCCAGCGGGGUCUGUCCCUCACCCGAGCUGCUGCUGGCUGAAGACCGGGAUCAGGAUGACAGAGGUGGAAAGAAGAUUGCUAAUAGGACAUUUCUUUCUCUUUCCCAAAUUACUGCCUUGUCAGAAGAAAAUCUGGAAGGAGUUGAAAAGAAGAUGGAAGAAUUUCUGAAUCUUACACAACUAAAGACAUCUUUCAAAGAAUCUGUUUUACUAGAUUAUUAUACUGCAGGAUUUUGGUGGGCUAAAGAAAUGAACUUCAGCCUUAUCCAGCUCUCAGGAUUCAUGGAUCUAUUAAAUUUUGCCUUGGAGAACCUCAGUGGCAAACGUAUGACCUUGGGAGAUAAUUUAAAAGAACUUGAAAGAGCAAUGACUGGAAUAAGAGAAACUGAGUCAGAAGAAAGAUCAGUCUUUGACCCGAAUUCAUUCAGCAUUGAGCAAGCGAAAGCAAUCAUUGACUACUUGGUUACCAGCUUAUUUAAGCACUAUAAAGCAUAUGAGUACCUCUUCCACAGUCGUAGAGAGGAACCUGUGAUAAGUAAUGAGAAUGAGUUUGAGCUUGACCAACCUGCAGUUUCCCCCUCAGCUUCAGCGACAGAACCUCAGGGGUCUGACCAGGGGGAUUCCAUGCAAGAGUCCUGUCCAGAGGCAGCGUCUACCAAGGUGCAUGCUGUAGCCCGAGUCGCUGCUGAAGAUGAGAAGUCUGCAGUGUGUGAAAUCCCAAAUGAAAUUAUUGGCAACCUUGAGGCAGACAUAAAGGAAAAGCUGCAGAUGCAGGAAGAAGCUUAGACUUGGAGAACAGAAAAACUGAAAAGUCUUAAAUAGCCAGAUAAGAAAGGUGAUGCUGGGUUUUGCAGGAACUGGUCAGUAGAGGAUGGCACACACAGGGUCUGGCUCUCUACCUGAGCCAAAUGAUUUCUCUAUAGAGGAAAAUGGUUCUGUUAACAUUUACCUGGAAGUAUGUCAUCCCAGUCCCUCAAAUUUAUGGUGUUCCGCCAGCGUUGUUGUUUAGUUUAGACUUAGGUUGAAGAUUGUAAACAGAAGGACACAUAAUUAAAACAUGUUGAAGUUCAGUUUAUUUCUGAAUACAAAGUCUAACUUAAAAAAAAAAAAAAAAAGCUGCAGUUUCAUUUUCCCAGUUGUGAAAUACUUAACAGUUCUGCUUUACACCUAUGGUUUUUUUCAGGAAAUGUUGCUACAAGGAAAAUACAUAGAGAGAAAACAUAAUUUUGAGGCACUGCAGCUAUAAUAAGGAGAGAAUUUAAUUAACAUGUAAUUACACACCUUGCACUGUAGCUAUUCAUUAAUAAGAUAUAUGUUAUUUUGUUUUAAUUUGCUUCCUUGGCUUUAAAACAAAUUUAAUAGCUUACACUUAUUUCUUUCCACCAUAUUAAAAUUGUAUAACUAAGAGUUUGCACUUCAGUAUUCCCAAGAAGAGUUCCUUUAGAUUUCAGUGGAAUUUUUUUCUGGAAUGCAUGUAUCCUUUCAUUUGAGAAUGUUUCCAUAUUUUGUCAGACAUUAUAAAAAUGUUGCAUGCUCAAAAGGAAUCCAACCAAAUAAAUGACCUCAGAAGAACCGGUUGAACAUCUAUGUUUCAAACAAGCAGCCUUUAUUGUGUCACA